CUCGAAAUUUCAAAUUCCCAAAUCGCCUGAACCACACCUCUGGAGGACGUCCUCUAUUUCGCAAGCCUGCCUGCCAUUCGGGUCAAGCUUCACACGUUCGCAGCGCACGUCUCAGCUGUUCAACCUCCGCCACCACUCUAUGAUAUCAUAGUGAUUCAGCCUUACCGCACUUGAGCCGCUGGUCCCCUCCACGAGCAAGCAGCACGAAUCUGUUACGACUAUGCCGAAGGGGGGAGCAGGCGGUGUUAUGGAGGUGGUGCGAGUGAGCUUCGCGGAUCUCAAGGAAGGGGUUGAUCUCGCCGCUCAGAUAGAGGCGGCGUUCGGGCCAGGAGGCCUUGGGAUCAUCGCUGUCUCCGAUGUUCCCAGCUAUCCCGAAGCAAGGCAAAGGCUUCUUCCUCUCGCAUUGAGGCUAGGCGAGCUCUCAGAGGAGGCCAGGAGGAGCAUUGAAGACCCGGGCAGCAAGUACAGCUUUGGGUGGAGCGAGGGCAAGGAGUCGGUGGAGGCGGGCAGGGCGGACGCCCUUAAAGCGUCCUUCUACGCCAACCCGCUCACUGACGCCCCCACCGCCGAUCCGCAGCUCAUACACAGAUUCCCCACAUACUGCCGCCCCAACGUGUGGCCCUCACGGGACAUCCCAGAGCUCGAACCAGCGUUCAAGGCGCUGGGCAGGAUGAUCGUGGAUGUGGGCAAGCAGCUGCUGCGACACUGUGACACCUAUGCCCGCAGCAGGAACCCUCAUGUGCCCCCUGGCAAGCUACUGGGAGUGGUGGAGCGCUCUCAGUGCCACAAGGCCCGCCUGCUGCUCUACCGCCCGCCACAGCAGCAGCCCCCCAGCCCACCAGCACAGGGGGAGGCGGCGCCUGCUGAGAGCAGCAGGGCGUCAGGGGAUGAACCAGUGCCCUCUGGAGGCGAUGGGGACGUGUCGUCGUGGUGCGGGUGGCACGUGGACCACGGCUCGCUCACAGGCCUGACAAGGGCGCAGUUCUGGAAGGGGGGGGAGGCGGUGGAGGGCAGAGAGGUGGACCCCUCGUGUGGCCUGUACAUCCGAACCAGGGGCGGCCAGAUAGUUCAGGCGCACAUACCGGAUGGGUGCAUUGCGUUCCAAGUGGGCCAUGCCAUGUCCAUCCAGUCAGGGGGCCUCCUCGCUGCCACGCCCCACUGCGUCUCAGCACCGAAAGGGCUGGCAUCUAGAGGUGUUUCUCGCGCCACAUUAGCCGUCUUCAUGCAGGUCCGCACUGUUCAUGCAGGUCUGCACUGUUCACGCUGGUCUGUACUGUUCACGCUGGUCCGUACUGUUCAUGCAAGUUAAAUGGACCCCAGGUAAGUUAGGUGGACGCCAGGUAAGUUAGCUGGACGCCCGGCAAGUUAGCUGGACCCCCAGGUAAGUUAACUGGACGCCGUGCAAGUUAGCUGGACGCCAGGCAAGUUAGCUGGAAGCCAGGCAAGUUUGCUGGACGUCCGGCAAGUUAGCUGGACGCCCGGCAAGUUAGCUGGACGCGGGCAAGUUAGCUGGGCGCCGGGCAAGUUAGCUGGACGCCAUGCAGGUCUGUACUGUUCAUGCACAUCCCUGCUGUCAUCUGCAUCCGACCUAUCCAUCUUACUUACAUCCAUCUGACCUCCAUCAAUCUGCAUGGGGUCAAUCGCUUAUGUUCCAUUGUCUUGUUCUCGAUUUCUCGUGGCCUCGCUGCCCCUCUCCCCCAUGCUUCUCCUUGUGCCUUCCUCUCCCUCUUCCCCUGUGUUGCCCCACCGUCUCUCUCUAUCCCGCUCCCACAUGCCACUGCACCAACCACCAUAACGAUCCACCAUCGCUGCACCAACAAAUCGCAUCGCUGUGCUGCCCCCACACUUCAUCCAGCCUUCGUGGGACGAGCCUCUCGACAUGCCUGCCAACAGCUCGCUCACACCCCAGGAGUUGGUUCCCUGGCAGCCAGGCAUGGACUUUGGUACCUUCUCAGAGGAAACCAUCAGGCAAUACUACUAAUUGUUGCGCCUUAGCCAUACCCUGCAUGUACCUGGCCAUUACUUCACUAUGCUUUGUUUUCAUUCAAAACCGAAGCAAUGUGAUUACAACCAAAUAAUACUAUAUAAUGAAA